GUGCCUUGAUGAAUCUGUUCGUGAUGUUGUGGUUGACAUUGUUGAUCGUAAGCUUCAAGAUGAUGGUAAAGUAGGAUAUGAUCGUUUGAUGGCUAGGGCUCAGAUGAUGGAGAAGAAUCUAUGUUCGAGAUUUGAUUCUAUUCAUGCUCAAGGUAUCUUGGUUGAGCAAUGGCAAUCAUUGAAAUGGUCGCCUGGUGAGACCGACUUCGAGACGUUUUAUUUGAGAUUCCAGCAAGUUGCAGAAGCUUAUUCGAGACAGAGAGGCGAGGCAUUGCGUGAGUCCGAUUUGUCGUCUAGACUUUUCUCAGCGCUGCCAUCUGAUUUGAAGGAGCGUGUUAUUUGGUUAUGUGGUCCUUGUCCCUCCUAUGAAGAAUUGCUCAACUUUGGUAGAAGAAUGAACUUGGUUUAUGUGAGAAGAAAGGAGGAAAAGGUUAAUGGUGUUCGAGGCCCCCUUCGGAAGGCUGCAGUUAAUGUUGUUAAUGAUGUUAGUGAAGCUUUACCAGUUAUGCCGAUUGAGGAGGGUGUUGAUGCGACAACUACUACUACUGGUGUCCAGACUAACUGCAAACUAUUCGUCAGCAAUCUGAGUUAUGACGUGAAUGAGAAGCAAGUUCUGGAUGCGUUGAGAGCUGUUUUGAAGUUGUCUGGUGUAAUACCUGUAUCGGUGAGGUUGUUUCGUGAUCGAGACACUGGUCGUAAUAGAGGUUUGGGUCUAAUCGAGUUUCGUGAUCCUAGUAGUGCGAAGAAAGCUUUAUCGCUAAAUGGUAAACGAUUACUUGGUCGUUCUAUUAGAGUUAGACCCGAUAAUGGUGGUCAAGGUGUCAAACGUCGACGUGUUGAAGAUGAUCAAGAUGCUCAAGCAGGGAAUGAGGUGGUUCAACAGCAGCGUGAUGUUCAGGUUGCGGCUGUCGAGCAGAAUGACAUUGUAGAAGACCCUUGCGAAAGCUCACCCAAGGAGUCCUCAGAAACAGCUUAUGUCGUUCAGACCACUGUUGAAGAGGUUAACGUUGGUGUUGUGAACUCAUCGGCUGAACCUAGUAUUGUUAUUGAUUUACGAC